CUGAUUCUGAGAAUUAAAAAAAACUGUGAUUGGAGAAGCGUCAUACGAUACGUACAAACUACGAUGGUGUUAUUUUUGAUAUUAAAAAAUUGUUUAACUUAGACAAUUUCGUAUCCAUUCUUGUAAUGGUUUCUGCAGUUUUACUAGAAUUUAUAAAUAUUUAGGGUUCAUGUUUUGUUUAAGUGUUGAUUGGUUUGUUUUGUUAUGAUGAGCCUAGAAUGGCGGACGUUGUCAAAUUGGGAUAUUUGUUAGCAUUUUUAUUGUUGAAUUGCUCCAUUGGUUUACUUGGCCUCGAUGCAGUAGAUGAUGAUGGGGGAUCAGAAACAACCCACGCUUCACGGCUGCAGAGCCUCGAUGAUCCCAUCACUCUGGAUCACAUGAUGGUACAUCACCACAGAUAUAAAUGCCAUCAAUGCGAGUCACAAGACUGCGAGGGCACUGCGCGCGUAUGCAGCGACGCGUUAUAUUGUUACAAGGCGUCGGUGAGGGCCUCCGACGGCGCGCUGCAGCAGUCACGCGGCUGCAGCAGCAACAGCGACCAUUAUCACUUCACCUGCCGCACCACGCAGAGACAAGGUAAACGCCAUGCGGGUCAGUUGAACAUAACCUGCUGUAAAGGCGAUCUCUGCAACGACGGCAGUUUCCCCGACUUGCCGCCGGUCGCUGACACCUCUAUAGAGCCUCUACCUUCUCACAUAUGGAAGUUAUGGGCCAGUGUUAUAGCUUCCGUGCUUAUAGUCAGCGCUAUAGGAGCUAUGGCUAUAUUUGUGCUGAGAAGGAGUCAUAGGCUACGUGUGUCAAGGGCAGCGCUACACAAGUUGGGUGCCGAUUCUAAUUACUUCUCCAGCAAUAUGUACAGCCCUCAUGUUACCAGCGCUUUUUAUGAAGGUGUAGAAGGUUCACAAACUGGCUGCGGAGUAAGGGCAGUAGCAGCCGGAGACUCCACAUUGAGGGAAUACCUGGAAUGCAGUGUCACCUCAGGUUCGGGGUCCGGACUGCCUCUCAUGGUGCAGAGGACCCUGGCCAAGCAGGUCACGCUGAUGGACUGCGUAGGGAAGGGUCGCUACGGCGAAGUAUGGCGAGGCUCCUGGUACGCGGACAGCGUUGCCGUCAAGAUAUUCUUCUCCAGAGACGAGGCUAGUUGGCGAAGGGAAACUGAAAUAUACAGCACUGUGUUACUGAGGCACGAGAACAUUCUAGCGUAUGUUGGCAGCGACUGCACCAGUAGGGGGAGCUGUACGCAGCUAUGGCUGAUCACCCAUUUCCACCCGCUGGGCUCCUUAUACGAGCACCUGAAUCGCAGCACCCUCACGCGGCACCAGAUGAUGGCUCUAUGCCUGUCCGCUGCCAACGGGCUUCUGCAUCUGCAUACAGAGAUACACGGGACGCAGGGUAAACCGGGUAUAGCUCACCGCGACAUCAAAACGAAGAAUAUAUUGGUGAAAGUGAAUGGCGAGUGUUGUAUCGCCGACUUGGGGCUGGCCGUGACCCGCGCACACCUGCUGCAGGCGCCGGUCGACCCGCGCCAGGGGACCAAGCGGUACAUGAGCCCGGAAGCCCUAGAUCAGAGUAUGAACGCGGCCUGCUUCGAGACGUUCCUACGUUGCGACAUCUACGCGUUCGCGCUCGUACUAUGGGAAGUCUGCCGGCGAGUGAGGCCCGCGAGGGAGUACCGCGUCCCCUACUACGAGCUCGCGCCCGCGGACCCCAGCUUCGAUGACAUGCGCAAGAUCGUGUGCGUCGACGCUGCCAGGCCGGCACUCACCAACGACACGCAACCGACUAUGGCCGGUAUGGAGAAUCUAAUGCGCGAAUGUUGGCACCAGAACUCGUCUGUCCGUCUGCCCGCGCUACGGAUCAAGAAGACUCUACUCAAAAUAGCUGCCAACGACAACUCUAUACGGCUCUCUGAUGACAAUGAGGUGCCAGUCUAACCAAUGCACCCUUAUAUGGACGUACAACGUGAGUUUCAAAAUAAUUUCGGAAGUAAAACAAAUGAAUUUUCAACAAAAGUUUACGACUUUCCAACCAUAUUAAAUACCCUAGAUACAACAAGACGAACUAAAUUGUGGCCGAAACGUGUCCAACAGGUACAUUGUACGGUCCACGGAGCUCCGUAAAAUGAUCGCGUGGUCAAAAACCAUAUAAGGCAUUAUUUAAACAUUGAAAGUCACCUUUAAAACAUACUGUAUAAGGUCUUCAUUAAAACGCAUGCGUCGAAGACUUCUGACAGUUCGAAAUACAAGCUCGUAAAAUUUUACGACUU